AUGAUCCACCCCCUCUCUAUCCUCUCCGAAGAGGAGACCAACUUGGCCCGUGAUGUCGUUAGAGCCGCCCACCCGAACACCGUGAUUGACUUCAGAGAGAUCUACCUACAAGAGCCUCCCAAAGCACAACUAUUGGAAUUCCUAGCGAUAGAACAUGCGGGUCGCCUGAGCCCAACGACCCCUCGGCCACCCCGUCUGGCACUGUGUCAAUACGAUGUGAUCGGCUCUGACCGAAUCCCCUCAUACCAAGAAUCGGUUGUGGAUAUUGUGGCUCGGUCGCGGGUGAAGCAUACCGUCGUGGGCAAACAGCACCACGCGGCGCUGACAUUGACUGAAUUCGACACAUUGGUGGACCAAUGCAUGAAGUCACCACUAUUCCAGCAAGCGCUGGCCGACUUCGACCUGCCUGAAGGGUUUGAGGUCGUGAUUGAGCCAUGGCCAUACGGUGGACUGGAUAAUACCGAGGAGAACCGUCGUUACUUCCAGGCCCUGUGCUUCGCUCAGGAUAAGCGAUCAGGAAACCCAGACUCCAACUUCUACUCGUUCCCAUUGCCGAUCAUCCCAGUGAUGGAUGCCCAUACACAGCAGAUCAUUCGUGUUGACCGACCUGCGACCGGCGGCAAGGGGGAUGGCUUGGUUGAACAAACCUUCAAGCGGGAUAUUAUCGGGCACUGCAAGCCGUCGGAAUAUGUUCCAGACCUUUUGCCAGAGGGCACUCGCAAGGAUCUGAAGCCUUUGAAUGUUGUUCAGCCAGAGGGACCAUCUUUCCGCGUCACCAAUGAGUCUCUUGUUGAGUGGCAGAAAUGGCGUUUCCGCGUGGCUUUCAAUCCGCGUGAGGGUGCUACUAUCCACGAUAUUUGGUAUGAUGGACGCAGUGUCAUGCAUCGAUUGGCUAUUAGUGAGAUGACUGUUCCUUACGCUGACCCCCGACCACCCUUCCACCGUAAGCAAGCGUUCGAUUUCGGUGAUGGUGGUGGUGGAAACAUGGCCAACAACCUGUCCCUUGGUUGUGAUUGUCUUGGUGUCAUCAAAUAUCUCGAUGCAGUCAUUACCCAGGCCGAUGGAACUGCGCAGAAGCUACCCAAUGCCAUCUGUCUCCACGAGCAAGAUAAUGGAAUUGGCUGGAAGCACUCCAACUGGCGAACUGGCAGAGCUGUAGUGACUCGCAAUCGUGAAUUCGUGGUUCAGUUCAUUAUCACCCUGGCCAACUACGAGUACAUCUUUGCUUACAAGUUCGAUCAAUCCGGUGGUAUCACCGUGGAAGCACGCGCCACUGGUAUUCUGAACGUCGUGAACAUCGACGCCGGAAAGGUCAGCGAGUAUGGCAAUGUUGUGAGCGGCGGAGUUCUUGCUCAGAACCACCAGCACAUCUUCUGUGUCCGUAUCGAUCCCGCUAUUGAUGGACAGAACAAUUCAGUCAUCGUUGAGGAGUCUCACCCAGUGCCGAUGAAUGCCAUGACCAACCCCAACGGCAACUUCUACAAGGUUACCAAGGAGACAGUUCAACGCGCUUCCUGGAUCGAUGCCGCACCACAGCUGAACCGGACUAUUAAGAUGGUUAACCCACACAAGAAGAACCCCAUCAGUGGAAAUAACGUUGGAUACAAAUUCAUCCCUCUCGCCACACAGACACUGCUAGCCGACCCGGAGUCAGUGCAGGCACGCCGUGCUCAAUUCGCCCAGCAUCACGUUUGGGUUACCAAGCAUUGCGAGAAUGAGUUCUACGCUGGUGGUCGGUACACCCUGCAAAGCCAAGUCGAAGUGGGUGGUGUGGCAGAUGCCGUGCGCCGGGGAGAAUCUGUGGAAGAUACUGAUGUUGUCGUUUGGAACACAUUCGGUAUCACCCACAACCCACGAGUUGAAGACUGGCCAGUGAUGCCUGUUGAGAUAUUCCAGUUGAUGAUCCGUCCUGCGGAUUUCUUCGUCGCGAACCCCUCUAUUGACGUGCCUUCUAACAAGAACGGCUCAUCACGACUGGCGGAUUCUGAGUGCUGCAGGAAAGCACACAUCUAA